UUCGUUACCAGUGCUCUAUUUUUGAUCUACAACGAACCUUUUGAAUAAAUGUUUCACAAAAAUGUCCAUUAUUUGUUUCUAAGAUCUGUUAUUUGUGGAUAUAAACCCAAUUUUUUGUUCAUUGGAAUGUCUCUUAUUCUGAACCACUAAAAAGGUUUGUGAACCGCGCAUGAAGUAGAAACACAAUAGAAUGUUCUUCAGGGGCCAGAGACUUUCCUGGAUUUUUUUCUUGUCCCUUCUCACUCGCCAAGAAACAGACGAUUAUUUUGUGUGUAAAAUUUGAGCUGACCUGAAUACUCAGCAGCACCGACACUAUCGUUAGUCUUGACGCAGCGUUGACUGGGGGCGGUUUGGUGUUCAGCGGUAAUCUCGUGCAUCCGCAGAAGCACAAUCAGAUACUAGAUAAGCGAACGAGUGGCAUCUGCUGCGUGCGCAGGUCGAUACAGCAUUUCUUUUUCGAAAAAAAGCGAUCACAACGCAGGUGCAAGAAACCCGCAGGCGUUAUGGGUCUCAACCGCGUGGAGAAAAUUAUCCCGCUGGCUAGAUGGCUCCGAGGGUACAACGCACGAUUUGGGGUGGCAGAUUUCAUCGCGGGAAUCACCGUGGGACUGACCGUCCUGCCACAAGGUUUAGCCUACGCUACACUGGCUGGAUUGGAACCACAGUACGGAUUAUAUUCGGCUUUCGUGGGCUGUUUGGUUUAUGCUUUAAUGGGAGGUUGCCGUGAGGUGACGAUAGGACCGACGGCGCUGCUCGCGUUAAUGACAAGUCGACACACAGGAUACGGAGGGGAUUCUGGACCACAUUUUGCGAUUCUCCUCUGCUUCCUUUCGGGAAUCGUGGAACUACUGAUGGCAGUUUUGAGGCUAGGAGCACUAGUAGACCUAAUUUCGUUGCCGGUAACAGUCGGAUUCACGUCAGCUACAGCACUCAUCAUCGGGGCUUCUCAGCUGAAAGCUCUGCUUGGUAUCAGAGGUGGUUCAGGUUCAGGGUUUAUUCAAACCAUCGCCACGGUAGUAGAAAAAUUUGGCACAAUCCGGAUUUCUGACACUAUAUUGGGCAUUGUCUCCAUUGCAGUCCUUCUUGCUCUCAGAAAACUGAAAGACAUCAAAGCUUCACCAAGUGCUAGUAAAAUUCGUAAAACCAUUUCAUUUGCGUGUUGGCUAAUCGCAACAUCAAGGAACGCUCUACUGGUACUAAUUACCAGUUUGAUUGCCUUUUGCUAUGACACCCAGGACAAACAACCCUUCAUACUAACUGGCACCGUUAAAAGUGGCAUUCCGGCAUUCCGUGUACCAGCUUUCACCACCAAGAUUCCAGCACCGAACGCCACAACCACCGAUCUAAAUUUUACAGCCAUGGUUUCGGAACUGGGUGUAAACAUCGCCCUGGUGCCGGUAAUAGCAGUGCUAGGGAACGUUGCAAUCUCAAAAGCCUUCGGAGGCAGCGGGAUCAAUCCAACCAAGGAACUGGUGGCGCUUUCUCUGAGCAAUAUCUGUGGAUCGUUUUUCAGUUCCAUCCCCGUGACGGGGUCCUUCUCGAGGAGUGCUGUUAAUCACGCUAGCGGAGUGCGAACGCCAAUCGGUGGAAUCUACACCGGUGCGUUGGUACUGUUGGCCUUGGGACUACUCACGCCCUACUUCCGGUACAUUCCGAAAGCCGCGCUCAGUGCUGUCAUCAUUUCGGCGGUUAUUUUCAUGAUUGAAUACGAAGUGAUUCGGCCGCUUUGGCGGUGCAACAAAAGAGAGCUGAUUCCCGGUGCGGUCACAUUUGUGCUAAGCUUGGGUGUUGGGGUGGAACUAGGACUGCUGGCGGGCGUGCUGGCUGAUUUGGCGUUUGUGGUGUAUCGAACAGCUCGUCCAAUGCUGAGCGUCGAGGUCGCCUCAACGUCACUCGAUGUGCGAUACAUCGUGAUCAGACCGAGCCACAGUCUGAUCUACUUUCCUGCGGUUGAGUGGGUACGGAAUGGUAUUUCGAAAGCGAUUCUCAAACAUGGACACAUUCCUGUGGUGUUGGAUUGUCGAAUAGUGCAUGAAUUUGAUUACACAGCUGCCACUGGGCUUGGAGCGUUUCGAAAGGAGCUCGAAACCAAAAAGGUUCCACUGAUAGUGAUGGCACCAUCCAGUGACGUGCGCAGAAUGCUGCGUAAAUCGUUGAAGAGUACGAUGUUGGAAGCAAACGAUGAACGUGACCUAGAAAAAAUACUUCACGAGCUAAGUUGUGACAGCCGGAAGGGCGAUCUCAGUGAAGUCGCAUCGCCACUAUUAUCACCCACUAGCGAACAUGAAUCUAUACCUGUAGAACUUGUGGAGAGGAAUCAAAACCAUACACGGAUUUGAUCCCAUUUCAUUGGAGGAGUUCGGAGACGCCGUGUUCUAGACGCUGAUACCUAUUUAGCGAACUUUUUGAGUACUGGCGAAACGUAUUCUCUCUUGCUAUGGUUCCUUAGAAAAAUUACCUCUUUAUAUUUAUUGUCGAUGUGUGUAUAUUUUAGAAAAAUGAUUAUCAUCAUUAUUUAUAAGCGUA